CGGAAGUCGUCAUCACAUGAUGGACAUACAGGAAGUAGAUGGAGAAAGGGCCCGAACGUUACUGCAUUAGUGCGUUAAUAAUAACAACAGUGAUUUAGUUGACAUUUACAUGGAGGGCUAUUACUGACAGUCGGAGUCCAUGGAGUCCCAUGAGGAGAAGCCAAUAAUCUACACAAUGGAAAACAAGCCAAUUGUAACGUGUGCUGGGGACCAGACCCUGUUCUCGUCUCUCUACAACUCCCUUACCCAGCAGCUGCCCCGGGAGCCCAUGGAGUGGAGAAGGUCAUAUGGACGAGCUCCGAAGAUGAUUCACUUAGAGGCCAACUUUGUUCAGUUCAAGGAGGAUCUACUUCCCAAGGAAGGAAAUAAGGCGCUACUCACCUUUCCAUUUCUCCACAUAUUCUGGACAGACUGCUGUGACACAGAGGCGUACAAGGCUUCCGUGAAGGAGGACAUUGUGCGGUGGCAGAGCCUGCUGCGUCUCCACAGUACACUCGACUGGCUCAUCGUGGUGGUGGAGAGCGACGCCAAGAAGAAGAACAAGACCAACAUCCUGCCCCGUACCUCCAUCGUGGACAAGAUCCGCAACGACUUCUGCAACAAGCAGAGCGACAGAUGUGUGGUUCUGUCGGACCCCCUGAAGGACUCUUCCCGCUCCCAGGAGUCUUGGAGCUCCUUCCUGACAAAGCUGCGCACGCUGCUGCUCAUGUCCUUCACGCGCAACCUGGGCAGGUUUGAGGACGACAUGCGCACACUGCGGGAGAAGAGGACCGAGCCAGGCUGGAGCUUCUGCGACUACUUCAUGGUGCAGGAGGAGUUGGCGUUUGUCUUCGAGAUGCUGCAGCAGUUUGAGGAUGCGCUGGUCCAGUACGAUGAGCUGGACGCUCUCUUCACACAGUACGUCCUGAACUUCGGGGCCGGAGAUGGAGCCAACUGGCUGGGCUCAUUUUGCCAGCCCCUACGCAGCUGGAACGGGCUGCUCCUGCGCAGGCCUAUCGACAUGGAGAAGCGUGAACAGAUCCAGCACAGCCAGGCCAGUCUGCUGGACCUGCGCAGCUACCUGUUCUCGCGGCAGUGCACCCUGCUGUUGUUCCUGUUGCGGCCUUGGGAGGUGACACGUCGCGCCCUAGAGCUGCUGCACACCUGCGUGCAGGAGCUGCGGCUGCUGGAGGUGUCCGUCCCACAGGGGGCACUGGACUGCUGGGUGUUCCUCAGCUGCUUGGAGGUGCUACAGAGGAUCGAGGGCUGCUGUGACCGGGCCCAGCUGGAGGCUAACAGCUCUCACACCGUGGGCCUGUGGACGUAUGCUACUGAAAAGUUGAAGAGCUUGGGCUACCUUUGUGGCUUAGUGGCGAAAAAUGGACCCAAUUCGGAGGACCUGAAUAAAACUGUGGACCUGUUGGGUGGGCUGGGGGCUGAGAGACCCGAGACAGCCAGCAGCCUUCAGAGCCCUUACAAAAAACUCAAAGAAGCCUUAUCAUCUGUGGAAUCCUUUGAGAAACACUACCUGGAGCUCUCUCACACGGCCAUGGACAUGUACAGGACCAUCGGCAGGACACGCUCAGCCCGCCUGAUGGGGAAGAGCCUGGCCGAGUUCUACAUGAGGAAGGGCGACCCCAAGCGGGCGGAGAGCUUCCUGCAGGACUCUGUGAAGAGCUACCUGAGUGAGGGCUGGGCCCUGCCUGUGGCACACACCCGCAAGCAGAUGGCAGAGUGUCAGAAGCUGCUGGGCCAGACUGAGGACUACCUGCAGACCAGCGCCCUGCUAGCCAGCGACAGCCACCUGACCGACAGCGAGAGGAAGCAUUUCUGCCAGGAGAUCCUCAGCUUCGCCGGCCAGUCAGCCGGUACAGGCCACAAGGUAAUCCUGAACAUGAGCUCGUUUGCUCAGUUACGGCAGCUGCAGUUUCGGCCGGCGGCAGCUGUGGUGCACGUCGGUGCGUCCCUGCAGCUCGAGCUGCGUCUGCGCAGCCUGAUGCCUGUACCGGUUCGCCUGGAGCAGCUGGCCAUCACUGUGCACUUCAGUCUAGAGAAAGGUGGGACUUGGGGCCGGGCGGGGCCUGGGGGCGGAGCCCCCCGUCGCACAGGGCAGGGCAGCCCGGGCGGUGCGGUGCAGUUCCCUGGAGAGAGCCCCCCCGGCUCCCACCCCCGAACACCGCCUCCCACCCUUGAGCUGUAUGAGAUGCAGGACCGCAGCCCUUCGGACGGGGUGCUCAACUCCACCGGCGUCGUCUGCAAGAAUGUGCACCUGCUGCUGCGUCGCCAGGACAGCGCCGUUUCCUUGGACACGCCCAGUGUGAACACCAUCGCCAUGGAAGACGGGGCCCAGCUGCUGAAGACACAUGAUGUGUCACUGUUGCCUGGCAACAACGACAUCCUUUUCACAGCUCCCAGUCAGGAGCCAGGCACCUAUACUCUGAGGCAGCUUUGUGCCACUGUGGGUCAGGUCCAGUUCGUGCUGCCCCACAUCUACCCCAUAGUGCAGUAUGAGGUAUAUUCCCAAGAGCCACAGCUCACCGUGGAGCCCCUAGCAGACAACCUUGUGGCCGGCCUGCCCCAGACGGUCAAGUUCACCGUCGUCACAGGUCACUACAGCAUCAAGCGGGGCGAUGCACUGCAGCUCAGCAACUCGGACAGCAUGCCCAUUCUGCCGGCGCCGCGCUGCACUGCUCGCGUGCUCUCCAGUACCGCCGGUGAGUCCCGUCCGGCUCGCGGGGGACUUCCGCUCCUCUCUGCCACUGUCCACAACCUGCAUGACCUGCCCUGUCUGCCCUUCCCUUCUACAGAGCUUGUAACGGAGACAGUCCUCUCCAUCCAGUCCUCGGAGAAGGUAACCAGCAUCUCGCUGCCUCUGGCACCACCCUACCACACCGUGGAGUUCCAGCUGGUGGUGCUGUGCCACGUUCCAGCCGGCCCGGUGCGGCCCGACCCUGAGCGGCUCACCAAUGGAGAGCCAUGGCAUCGGCCCCGCAGCCGCCUGCGCACCCACAGCGGCAUGAUCACCUUGGACCAGAAGAUCUCCAUAGACUGCCCAUGGUCUAUUUACUCCACACUGGUGGCGUUAACUUUCUACAUCCCCUUCAAAGCCAAGCACUCGCUACUGUCUGCAGGGAAGAGGAAGUACGUGCAGGUGUGCCUGCAGAACGUCUCGGAUAUGAACUUCCAGCUAGCGGAGCAGAGCCUGAUCCUGCAGCAGCGGCUGACCACACUCGGGCUGCGCUCCCUCAACGGCCAAACAAAGCAGCGGGUGUACAGCAAGCAGUCUGUCUUCUACCUGUGGGAGAUGACGUGGAGCAUAGAGCCUCCGCCCAGCCUCCAGUGCCUGUUCUCCAUCAGCUUCUGCCCGGCAGACUCCCAAAGCUCGCACUUCACUCCGUAUCACUAUGAGUUCCAGCUGGACAGCUUGUCUACUCUGUAUAGUGUGUCGGCGGAUAUUCAGCCGGCCUCUGGAGAAUCUCAUUGCAAGACCGGCUCCCUCUGUGGGCUGGAAGUGUCCAUCACGCGACUGUCAGAGGUCUCUGAAGCCGAGAAGCAGGAUGAGGGAUCUGUAGAGUGCGGCAGUUCCGGCACCACCAAGCUCAUGUAUGAAGUGGUGGAUAAUAGCAGUAACUGGGCUGUCUGCGGGAAAAGCUCCGGCAUCGUCUUUAUGCCCAUAGCAGCCCAGGCCACACACAAAGUGCGCAUGGAGGUCAUGCCCCUGUUCGCUGGCAAUCUGCCCUUUCCCAGCAUCAAGGUGUCCAAGUAUUUGCCUCAUCAAGCCUUGCCCGCCAUCCAGCCCGAUACAGAUGGAUGUCUUGAGAAUGACAAUAUCUCCCUGCUGGACAAAGGUCUGACGGACGACCAGGCAGACACCAGUAGCAUCCGCAGCCGUGGCAGUGUGGUCUCCCUGGGCAGCGGGGAGCAGCAGCGUGGCCUCCCCAUGCCUCGCCUGGAGCCCUUCGGCCCCGGGCAGGUCUUCAACCGUAGCCAGGGCUGCCAGGUGCUCGUCCUGCCCAGCAAGGACGACCACGUGCUGGAGGUCAAUGUUACAUGAUGCUCCCCAUGUCAUCUGCCCGCCCACCUACCCGCUCGGCCCCCUGAAAUGGCUGCUUUGGCUUUGGGUGGGUGGACCUCUUCUCCGGACUCGCAGGACGGGCUCCGGAUGUUUGCCCAGCCAUGGUGCAAUGCAGACAUCAAUGAAGCCUGAAGUAUCAUCUGCUUUUUUUCGUCUUUUCUUUUUGUUCUUCCCCUCCUUUUCGUCAUCGCUUUCCCCGCUGUGGAAGCUCAGUGCUCGGAGCCUAUUGGUUCCCUCUUCUCUUCUGUCCAAAGUGACAGUCGGAAUGUCCUGCCCUGCCCUCUGUCGGUCCUCAGUGGCUCCCUUUCCCCCGGAUGUGCAGACGCCUCCGAGUCUCACGGGGCACUGUUACCAUGCCAGGUGGCUGCCCCUGUGACCUCUGACCUUUGUAAGCGGCAAGGAGGCCAUUGUAGUAUGGCUAAGCACCCUCUUAUGCUUGUGCACAAGGAAUGAGCGUGACCUUGUGUUGGUGCUGCACGUGCACGUCAGUGACAGCGAAUCGUGGCCAGACUGGCAGCACUGCAGAGAUUCCUCAGCCCUCAUGGCAACAAUGGGAAGCCUUACCUGUAAUCAGUCCUCCCCAAUCAGUCUUCAUGACCCCCCCAGCCCACCCCUGCUGCUGUACAUACUUUUUAUACAUAUAUAAAUAAAUAUAUAUAAAUAGAUAUUAUUUAAAGUUGAACAAAUUGCUGUACUGUGGAACUGUAGGUUGCAAGGUUGCACCAAAGGACAACUAGGAGGACGUGAGAGAAGGGUGAAGGUAAAUGAAGUGCGUUGGAGGACUCUUGGGGGGGUGUAAUGUCACUUUGUGGAGAUGUUCUGUUUUCCAGCCUUAUUUGAUUGGGUUCUUUGCAUUUUCCUUGUGUUAAUGGGUGCAUUCUUUGCCUUAUUGCUCAUUAUAUCUGUAGUAAAACGGAGAUUUUUUUUUCUCCCCAUUUUUAAUCAUAUUUGCCCAAUAUUGACUGUGACAAUGACGCGUCUGUGAAGCGUGUGACUUCAGUUCCGUCGUUCUGAAAUACACUGUGCUGUAGCGCUCUGUCAUCACCCUCGUAAUCCUGUUGCUGCUGUCAUCCUUGUCGAUUAUUAUGGACCAUGUGCACGUGUGACAUACUGGAAAAGCUGAGGGCCCAAUGUGCCCGUCCAUCUCAUCGAUGUAAUAUGUUCCUGUGUUCUGUGUCUCUGUGAUCACCAGAUGGUACUACUUUUGUUUGAUUCUAAGGAUGAUGUUGCCCAGCUGUUGCGCGCGCGCGCGCGCGUGUGUGUGUGUGUCUGUCUGUGUGGGCGUGUGCAUGUUUUGGCAUCAUGCUGUGGGGAAUUCUGGGCAAAUCCACGAUAUGACAAACUGGACGUUACUAAAGACCACGGAGUCCAAAUCGUUUUUCCUCCAAUUCAUCAUACAUGUAAACGGACAAAAAAAAAAAUCACCAGCGUUCUUCAAAAUUGCUACUGCAGGAGCUUCACUAAACUGUCCGUGCUUCUCUUUGUGCAGAUGGAUCUUGUGGUGAUUGUCAAGCUCUAGUAUUUAUGUAAAAUUGAUCUGAAAUUGGACACUGCAAAGGAAAACGGAAGAGCUAUGAGAACAAGUUCUCUCACUUAUGCUGUCAGUCUCAAUUAUGCUAUACAUCCACAUUUUCUUAGUUUUUAUUUUGAGCAUUUUUUUUGUAAAUACUUUAACUGGAAAUUAAGUUUGAUGGGGGGGUUCACACCUGAAUAAUUAAAGCCGGCUGGUAUUUUCAUGUCUACUGUGGGGAAAGCAAAAAGGAGAGGACAAGAAAAACAAACCAUAUUUUCACAUUGUUUUUGUAAAUUUAGUCCAUUAGAUUACAGAACCUGAGAUUGUAUUCAGAUUGUUUAAUUAUUUAAAUUAAAAAAUGUAAGCAUUAUACAGUUUAAAAUAUACCUAUGUUUUAAAAGUU